AUGAAGAUCCUCUAUAUGGGCGUUCUCCGGAACGAUUCUCAGCCAGCUCUCCAGCUCUGCGCCGAAAAAGACCUCUCUUCCUUUUCCCGUUUCACCCGUCAAAACUAUGAAGAAUUCCUCAUGCUCUUCUGCCGCACGGUCGCCGAACGUACGAAGCCCGGACAACGCCAGGAUGUCGAGGAGAAGUCAUACACAUUCCACGCAUACGGCCGAUCUGAGGGAGUGGCUGGUGUGAUUGUUACAGAUGGCGACUAUCCUGCCCUGGUGGCUCACCAACUCCUCUCCAAGAUCGUUGACGAGUUCCUUGCGAAGCACCCUCGUACCGCCUUUUCCGACCCCUCCCUUCGCGAGAAUGCAUGCGCUUUGCCGCAGCUGAAGGAAUACAUUGUCAAAUACCAGGACCCCAAGCAGGCCGACAGUAUCAUGAAGAUCCAGCAAGAGUUGGACGAGACCAAGAUUGUUCUACACAAGACUAUUGAGAGUGUGCUGGAACGUGGUGAGAAGAUCGACUCUUUGGUUCAAAAGAGUGACGGUCUAUCCGCCCAGAGUAAGAUGUUCUAUACCCAGGCCAAGAAACAGAACUCUUGCUGCUCUUUGAUGUAA